AUGGCCGUGCUCUCCAAAUCCGAAGUCCCGCCCUGGGGCCUCGCGAUAGCAGGCAGCACCGGCGCCGUCCUAGCCAAUGCACUCGUCUACCCACUCGACAUCGUCAAGACACGACUGCAGGUGCAGGUAAAAAAGCAUGCCAGUGAUCCCGCGCACAAAGCCGAGGAUACUACGCACAAACACUACGAAGGGACUGUGCACGCCAUAAUGUCCAUCAUGGAAGACGAGGGUCUCUACGGGCUGUACAGCGGUCUAGCGGGUAGCUUGUUGGGUGUAGCGAGCACGAACUUCGCGUAUUUCUACUGGUAUAGCACUGUUCGAACGCUAUACCUCACCAGGAUCAGCAAUGGCAAGAACCCUAACACAGCGGUGGAACUGAGUCUUGGUGCGGUCGCGGGUGCUCUGGCACAGAUCUUCACGAUCCCGAUUGCGGUGAUCACUACGCGCCAGCAGACGCAGCCGAAAGGCGAGAAGAAGAGCAUGAUUGCUACGGCGAAGGAGGUCAUCGAGAGCGAGGAUGGCAUCGCUGGGCUGUGGAGGGGUAUCAAGGCGAGUAUGGUGCUUGUGGUGAACCCGGCGAUCACGUAUGGAGCUUAUCAGAGGUUGCGGGAGGUGCUGUAUCCGGGCGAUAGGCCGUUGAGGCCGCAUGAGGCGUUCCUCCUCGGUGCUCUGUCAAAGUCCCUUGCGACCAUCGCAACCCAGCCCCUUAUUGUCGCCAAAGUUGGUCUGCAAUCACGCCCACCCCCAGCACGAGGAGGCAAGCCUUUCAAGUCCUUCACCGAGGUCAUGCGAUUCAUCGUCGAGAAGGAAGGCGUGCUCGGUCUGUAUAAGGGCAUCGCGCCGCAAAUUUUGAAGGGUCUGCUCGUGCAGGGCUUUCUCAUGAUGACCAAGGAGCGAGUAGAGCUCAUGUUCAUCUUGCUUUUCAGAUAUGUGCGGAAGGUGCGGAAGGAGAAGCUGGAGCAGUUGGCUGCUAUUGCGGCGAGGAAGAUUGAUGAGGCCAAGUCUGCGGCUCUCAAGAGCUAG